UCUUGCGUGAAACUUCGAGAGUAGGAAGUAUGUGUCGCCCUCUUUGUCCCUCCAUCUUGGAAGCAAUCAUGAGUGAGGGUGCAGCAACUUUGCGAACGCGCAAGUUCCUGACCAACCGUCUACUAUGCCGGCGGCAAAUGAUUGUGGAUGUCCUGCAUCCAGGCCGUGCCACAGUGCCUAAGUCCGAGAUCCGUGAAAAGUUGGCACGUAUGUACAAGGUGACUCCAGACGUCAUCUUUGCUUUCGGAUUCAAAGCACAAUUUGGAGGUGGAAAAACAACUGGCUUUGCCCUCAUCUAUGACAGCCUGGACUUUGCUAAGAAAUUUGAGCCCAGAUACAGGCUUAUCAGGCAUGGUUUAGCUCAGAAAAAACACACUGUGGCCAGAAAACAGAGGAAAGAACGCAAGAACAGACAGAAGAAAGUGCGUGGUACGAAGAAGGCUAAAGUGGGAGCUGGAAAGAAGUAAAACCUCAGAAGAACAGGUGGAGAAAAUCAUGGACUUUCUAUUUCUAUUCAAAAUUACAGAAAUAUGUAAAUAAAAAAAAGAACAUUGAAGAAAAUAUUU